CCUACCAUAUAAGAGUCACCAUUUCCACGUCUAGCUUUCUGUCCUCAACCCUUUUGCAUAUCAUGGGGUCUGCCAAAAUUUUAAGUUUCACCCUUCUCCUGUUUGUUGGAUAUACUUUGGUCCAUGGAUCCACCCCAAAGCAUUAUAUAGUUUACAUGGGAGAUCGUUCACACCCCAAUUCAGAAUCUGUAGUCAGAGCAAACCAUGAGAUACUAGCUUCAGUCACUGGAAGUCUCAAUGAUGCAAAGGCAGCAGCAAUCCACCAUUACAGUAGAAGCUUUCAAGGCUUCUCUGCCAUGAUUACCCCAGAGCAAGCUAAAAAACUAGCAGAUCAUAACUCAGUUGUGUCAGUUUUUGAGAGCAAAAUGAAUAAGCUCCACACAACACAUUCUUGGGAUUUUCUUGGAUUAGACACUGUCUACAAGAACAACCCUUCAGCUCUGGACUCUGCAUCCAAUGUUAUUGUUGGUGUAAUUGACUCUGGGGUGUGGCCAGAAUCAGAAAGCUUCAAUGAUUAUGGAUUAGGUCCUGUGCCUGAGAAAUUCAAAGGAGAAUGUGUAACUGGUGAUAAUUUCACACUUGCCAAUUGCAACAAGAAAAUCAUUGGUGCCCGGUUCUAUUCAAAAGGGCUUGAAGCAGAAAUUGGUCCUCUAGAAAACAUUGUCGACAGCAUUUUCUUCAGGUCGCCUCGAGAUAGCGAUGGACAUGGAACACACACUGCUUCCACAAUUGCAGGAUCCAUUGUUUCCAAUGUCAGCUUAUUUGGCAUGGCCAAAGGAACUGCAAGAGGUGGUGCUCCAAGUGCAAGACUUUCCAUCUACAAGGCCUGUUGGUUUGGAUUUUGCAGUGACGCUGAUGUUUUCGCUGCAAUGGAUGAUGCCAUUCAUGAUGGAGUUGACAUACUAUCUCUUUCCCUUGGCCCUGAUCCUCCUCAGCCACUUUACUUCGAGAACGCGAUCAGUGUUGGAGCAUUCCAUGCAUUCCAAAAGGGAAUUCUUGUUUCUGCUUCUGCUGGAAACUCGGUUUUCCCACGAACUGCGUGCAAUGUUGCUCCUUGGAUCUUCACUGUUGCUGCUAGCACAGUAGACAGGGAAUUCAGAUCAGAUAUCUACCUUGGAAAUUCAAAAGUUUUGAAGGGUCUUUCUCUGAAUCCAAUAAAAAUGGAAGGUUCUUAUGGUUUGAUAUAUGGAAGUGCCGCUGCAGCCGCUGGAGAUGCAGCACUAAAUGCAAGCUUCUGCAAGGAACAUACUCUAGAUCCUACCUUAAUCAAGGGUAAAAUUGUGAUCUGCACAGUUGAAAAAUUCACUGAUAACAGACGAGAGAAGGCCAUAAUAAUAAAGCAAGGUGGGGGUGUUGGAAUGAUUCUUAUUGAUCACAAUGCCAGAGAUGUUGGUUUUCAAUUUGUCAUCCCAAGCACUAUGAUUGGUCAGGAUGCUGUAGAAGAGCUUCAAGCAUAUAUGAAGACUGAGAAGAAUCCCACUGCUACAAUCUUCCCAACAUUAACUCUUGUUGGUACCAAACCUGCACCAGAAUCCGCAGCUUUCUCUUCCGUGGGACCAAAUAUAAUUACACCGGAUAUUAUUAAGCCUGAUAUCACAGGACCAGGAGUGAAUAUUUUGGCAGCAUGGUCUCCAGUGGCAACUGAAGCCACAGUUGAACAAAAAUCUGUCAACUAUAACAUCAUUUCAGGAACAUCAAUGUCUUGCCCACAUAUAUCUGCAAUUUCAGCAAUUAUAAAAUCUCACCACCCCUCCUGGAGUCCUGCAGCCAUAAUGUCUGCAAUAAUGACAUCAGCAACAGUUAUGGAUAACACACACAGCCUCAUAGGAAGAGAUCCAAAUGGAACUCAAGCCACACCAUUUGACUAUGGAUCUGGACAUGUUAACCCAGUUGCAUCGCUAAAUCCUGGAUUAGUAUAUGAUUUUAGUUCCCAAGAUGUUCUCAAUUUUCUCUGCAGCAAUGGGGCAAGCCCAGCACAACUUAAAAACCUCACAGGGGAACUCACUCAAUGUCAGAAAUCUCCUACAGCUUCCUACAACUUCAACUAUCCUUCAAUUGGUGUGUCCAACUUGAAUGGAAGUUUAUCUGUUUAUCGCACAGUUACUUACUAUGGUCAGGAACCAACAGAGUAUUUUGCAAGUGUUGAAAGACCAUCUGGUGUGAUUGUUAGAGUUACACCAGCAAAACUGAAGUUCUGGAAAGCUGGAGAGAAGAUAACUUUCAGGAUUGAUUUCACCCCUUUCAAGAAUAGCAAUGGAAACUUUGUGUUUGGUGCCUUGACUUGGAACAAUGGUAAACAAAGGGUUAGAAGUCCUAUUGGUCUCAAUGUACUAUCUACUUAA